AUGAGUAAUGGAAAAAUUCGGAUUGCUAUAUCACAUCGAAAAUUAUGGGAAGAAUUUAACCGUAAUAUAAAUGAAAUGAUUUUGACAAGUAAGGGAAGAUGCAUCUAUCCUCGAAUUGGAUAUUCUGUAGAAGGUUUAGAACCGAAAACAAUGUAUCUUAUAUGUCUUAAAAUAUGUCGAACUGAUCGUGCCAGAUACAAGUAUACAGCCGGUGAAUGGCAUAUGAUUGCUACGGGAGAACCUGAAAAUGAAGCAAAAUAUAUUUAUCCAGAUAAUGGAUCAACACAACUUGGACAGUACUGGAUGAGUAAUGGUAUUCGUUUUGGUAAACUUAAAAUUACAAACAGUACCAAAGAUUGCUCUUCAAAUGUACUUCUCACGUCAAUGCAUAAAUAUCGUCCCAUUCUUUACAUAUAUAAAGUCUAUGCAACACCAGCAUUAUGUUUCGAUGGUUCAACAAUAUUAACUAAUCAAUAUCAGUUGGUUAAAACUUUUACCGAUCAAAUUAUGGAAUUUAUAGCUGUUACUGCAUAUCAGAAUCAACGAAUUAUAGAAAUGAAAAAGAUACACAAUAGUUAUGCACGUGGACAACGUGGUGGUACCAUUAAGAAUAGCAAUAAUUUUACUACUGGUUAG